UGUACGAGGUGGUUUUAACUUUGAAAAUUGUAGAAGGAAUGCGUUGCUAGAAAAAUCUGGGCUUAAAAGGCCGACUGCAAUGAAAACUGGUACAACGAUUUGUGGUAUUGUUUUUAAAGAUGGGGUAAUUCUGGGUGCAGAUACAAGAGCUACCGAGGAUACUAUUGUUGCAGACAAGAACUGUGCAAAAAUCCAUUAUAUAGCUCCCAAUAUGUACUGUUGUGGUGCUGGGACAGCAGCAGAUACUGAGUAUGUCACCAAUCUUACAUCAGCAAAUUUGGAGCUCCAAAGUCUUAACACAGGACGACAAGCACCAGUCGUUUCUGCUUGUAGAAUGUUGAAGCAAUUGUUAUAUCACUAUCAUGGUGGUAUUAGUGCUGCACUUGUUCUUGGUGGUGUAGAUUAUACUGGACCGCAUCUUUAUACCAUCCAUCCACAUGGCAGUACUGAUAAAUUGCCUUUUGUUACAAUGGGAUCAGGAUCACUGGCAGCAAUGGCAGUAUUUGAGUCAAGGUACAAGCCUAAUAUGGAGUUGGAUGAAGGAAAAGCUUUAGUUCGAGAUGCAAUUGCUGCUGGGAUAUUUAAUGACUUGGGUUCAGGAAGCAACAUUGAUAUCUGUGUUAUUACCAGAGAAGGUGUCCAAUACCUACGACCAUAUGAUGUUGCCAAUCAGAAGGGAGUUCGUCAAGGACAAUACAAGUAUCGACGAGGAACAACAGCAAUCCUUAGCAAGGAAGUGAAGCCUAUAAAAUGGGACAUAGUCCAGACAGAAGUUACCUCAACUGGAGGAGAAGCUAUGGAGACAUGACAAGAAAGACUAUUUUGUUUUUGAUGACUUUAAACCAUAUUCUUUAUAUUAUAAUAGCAUUAAUUAAAUCAAACUUGUCUCAACGUUUUAACCAAUGAAUUAGCUUUCAAGGCAUUUGACAGUAUUGAGUGUCCAAGAGUUAACCAAUACAGUGUAGAUGGAUAAAUCAAAGGAAAAACUAGCUAGUUGUUCUGGUGUGGCUAAUGUUUCUUGGAAUAAAAGUUUGGGCCAGAAAUUUUGCGUGUGAGUCAUUGAGCAUCUUUUGAAUUCAAUCAGA